AUGCCAGAGGACUACAUGGCCAAAGGCGAGCCUCAGAGGUCUUGUGUCUGUGCUCUCCCGAUGACCAGCGAGGCAUUGGACAGUACGGCAGGCGCGCUCUGCGGCAGCAGUGCCCAGAAGGUAGGUCAGCGCAGCUUAAGAGAGCCUUCCCACACGCGCACAGUUUGUCUGGCCAAGAUGUCCAACAUUGUGUUCUCCAAGAGCCACGCAGGACGACGUCCUUACGACGAGACGAGCACCUUUCGACAGCGUCACGCUCUUGCGCUGGUACAGAAUAUGGGUCGACAGCUCGUUCUGAAUGCGAAACUAGCGGCGCGCGGUGUUUCGGAGGAGGUGAAUACUCAGACGAGUGUUCUGGCAGCGCGGCAAACGACGCAGUGGACAGGAUCUGGAGGCGAGGCGGUGGUGCAGAUGCAGCGCAAGCAUAUUCGCCGUGAACUAGAAGGUGGUGGUGGUGGUGUUGUCGUGGUGGAACUGGCAGCAGAAAACCCUGGCCAGCGGCGGCGCUGCGGAGACAUGGAUUCUCUUCCGUGCAUGAACUGCACCACACAACCCUGUCCCUGCCGGCGCCGCCGAAAGCGUGGAAAGUUGUCAAAAUGUGCACGGCUUAACGACGCUGCCUUACACCACGACGAGCGCUCGGAUGUAACCAAAGGUUUCCAUCACUGCUUCACCUCUGGACACUGGACGAGCACUUCCUCCCACGAGACUGGGAAGGAUUUCCGUCGACCGACGGGUGAGCACCCCAUCGAAAUCAUCAUGCCGCUCAUCAUUGCCAUGAGUUCUUCGGUAUUCUCACUGCUCCAGCGAGAGCUGUUUCAUUAUACCUCGCACGUAGAGAUCCUUCGAACUUCUGGUUCCAAUGUACUGAUAUCUUUCUUGGUCACGAGAUACACAAAUGCAUACUGCCUGGCUGGCAGGCAUAUACACUUGAUCCCACAGCCGACGAGAUAUCAACUUGAUCCACGCGGACUUCACGCAAACGAAAAGCGCACUCGCAAGCCACCGACGAUGAUUUCCAAGCUUCUAGCAAACAAGAAGAGCGGGUUGGCGGAGAAAGAGGUCAGCGCUGCCAGGACAGCGAGGGCGCUUACAGCGCUAGAGAGGAGAGGGAACCACCUCGCAUGGAACAAGUUUUGGAAGGGCAACAGCGAAGACCAUGGCACAACGCAUGAACAUCAUGGGCAAUCCACUCGCUCCAUACCUUUACAAAGAGAGUGCGCAGGGUAUUCUCAGCCUGCAUACCUCCGUUUCGCACUACAAUUCCUAUCACAUCCAAAGACAACGAUGCACUGGAGAUUUUUUUGUCUCCAGAACCGCACAAACACUAAUGAGCUGGUGUACGGCGGACUCACAACUGAUCCUGGAGGCAUCUCGGACAGCCCUCGCUGCUGUGUCUGGCAUACACGUACUCUACAUUCAGUUUGCAAACCGGUGGACAUGAAAACGAUGCCAUGCGCCGAAGUUGCAGCAUGUGUUGAUCUCCUCCGAGCCAACGAGUUCUCGCAGCACGGUGUACACGCAGCCGGGUGCGAGUUGUACACGCAGCCGGGUGCAAGCUGUACACGCAGCCGCGUGUACGCUGUACAUGCGUGGGGCAUCGGCCACUGCUCCCAGCUUCCCUCCGACUCCGACUGUUCAGUUCAGAGGACAUUCAACGGAGAUGUUGCGCAAUAUGCCGCUAGAAAACAAAUGCGAACCGGAGACUUUAUGAAGGCAAUGGCAUACAUAAUCAUUUCACACCGCAAACACUUCCACUUCCGCACGAUCGCUGACACUGUUAUGUUACUUUGCACCAGAUGCAACAAAUGUUGCAAUGGGCCAGAGAAUUUGGAUCGUAUCAUACCGAAUAUGCUCAUGAACAUACGCGUUUCAGUCUUUAUUCUGACCAGUUCAGAAGAAGUGCUGGUAGGGAAUGCAUUGCCAGCAUUGCCAGCAAUGCCAUCUUCUACUUGUUCGGACUUCGGAGAAGAAGUUGUGGAGAGGGAGAUUGGGUUCCGCCAAGAAUGCGGGCUGAAGCUUCAAGUUCUCCAGGCUGGCUGGCUCCGAGUCAAGCAGCUCACGCAUCAACAAUCGCCGCGCAUCACUCAAAGUCUCGAAGUUGGGCUGGACUCUGCCUGCGCCGAACGAGCCGUCGUCGUCUUCGAUCAACAUGUCAACAUCGCCUCCCUCCGAGCAGCAUCCUCUCGACUUCCCAUAACAACCGCCCUACGAUGGCGAGACAGCAGGUCCUCAGUAAGCCUUGGGCCAGCACGCAAUGUCAGCUCAGCUCAGCCUAGCUCAGAAGAGAGGAAGAGAUUGCGCCUCGUACGGCUGACAGACACUCGAUCGGGCACUUCAGCAAGUCCGCGCAAUGGCAAAUGCCAUCAGGACAAGAACAAGGGAGCGCCAGAGGAGAAGCACAAAAUGGAGCACAUGGGACCUUGCAAUGAGAACAUUGACGAGGAUGAUGCUAUAUUGAGCAUACGACUCCCCACUGCUUCCCUCGGCAUCAUCAGAAGAAGCUGCUGCAUGGAAUCCACUGAGCACCAAUGCAGAGCGAUCGUGGAGCUGGCCAGUGGUGUUGAGUCGAUGAUGAUUCGUCCCAAAACUCACCUCAGAGAUCGCACCGAUGUGCAAUACAGUGGUGACAGCAAUGAUGCUAAUCGACUGGCAGGCACAGGACUCGUCGAAUGCUCUUCAACAUACGGGCGACAGAACUGA